AUGGAGCUUCCCAUGCUUUUGACUUUUGUCCAAACUCUGAUCGAAGCCCACAAGCUCUUCCUCAGAAAUGGGAGGCUCAUGGUCUCCAUCGCCGCCUCCACCGUCUUGCUCUACUCUUUGCUCCUCCUCACCAACAUCUUCUCCCUCCGGCCGGCGGUUGGCCAGCUCAUCGCCAACACAAGCUUGUUGCUUAUCACCAGCCCCACCAGUACCGAGUACUCCUACCUCCUCUUGUCCAUCCAGAAGGACGUAAGGCUGUUCUACGGCCUCGAGUGGGUCUUCGUCUUGCUCUACUCCGUCUGCUCGAUCCUCUUCUCGACCGUUACCAUUUACGCUUCCGCCGCUUCACAUGGUGGCAAGAACUUGUCCGCCAAGGACUUGGGUGUUGCGGUGGCUCGGUCCUGGAGAAGACCCUUCGUCACUUUCUUCUACAUCACCCUCUUUGGCAUCGGUUACCUAAUUCUUGUCCUAGCCCUUACGAUCCCUCUCGUUCUGCCUCAGGCAAAGAUCGCUACCGUGAUCCUAUGCAUCAUGGCCGCUUUGCUCUACGCUCACCUGGCCGUCGUUUGGACCCUCGGGCUCGUUGUGUCCGUGUUGGAAGAGGACAAGAGCGGGCUCGAGGCGCUCGCAAAGGCGGGGCGGCUAGUGAAGGGAAGGCAAGUACAUGGGUUUGCGUUGAGCCUCGUGAUCGCGGCAUUAUCGAUCCUAAUGAAUCAGGUAAUGAGGUUGGUCUCGGUUCCACAAUCCGAAGGGGCAUACAUUGCGAUAGGCUUGGUGAUGCUGAACUCACUGUGGGCGGUGAGGAUGUUCGGGUUGAUGGCUUACACGGUUUUUUACUACGAGUGCAAGAAGUUUCAUGGUGAAGAGAGUAAUGAACUGAUGGUUAGCUUGGAAUAUUCGAAGAUACCUGCCAAUACGCCUCUCAUUACAGAAAACCUUCCCUAG